UAGUUACCGUGUAGUGCUUUUCAGCCCAAAGUUUUUUCACAGCAAUUUCUCAGCGGGCGGAUUUGAUGAUUUUGACAACAACAAAAACAACAAAAUACACAUAACUAAUAGUACGGACGCGCAACGUUUUUCCGGCGAUUAGGCAAACACGGUAUCUAAACAGUUAUAUUCGUUUUCGAAAAGUGAAAUACAAAUUUGGAAAAAAUGCAGAUCAAAGAAUUCCGCGUGACUUUGCCAUUGACUGUGGAAGAGUAUCAAGUUGCACAAUUGUUCUCAGUGGCCGAGGCGUCGAAGGAGAACACAGGCGGUGGCGAGGGCAUUGAGGUAUUAAAGAACGAGCCCUUCGACAACUUUCCACUGCUCGGUGGCAAAUACACUUCCGGUCAAUAUACAUAUAAGAUCUAUCAUCUGCAAUCAAAAGUUCCAGCGUACAUAAGACUAUUGGCACCCAAGGGCUCUCUGGAGAUCCACGAGGAGGCAUGGAAUGCAUAUCCCUAUUGUCGAACAAUUAUCACGAAUCCCAAAUUCAUGAAAGAUGCCUUUAAAAUAAUCAUCGACACGCUGCACGUCGGCGAUGCGGGCGAUUCAGAGAAUAAUCCUGGUUAUAUGGACAAAAACUUUCUUAUGCAUAUCGAAUCAAAUCAUUUCGACAAUGACCUUGGCGAUCUACCGAAUGUGCACGAGCUGACGCCGGAUAAGCUGAAAGCACGCGAAGUAGUGCACAUCGACAUUGCCAAUGAUCCGAUAUUGCCUGCAGACUUUAAGCCCGAAGAGGAUCCCACCACCUACCAGUCAAAGAAGACGGGACGUGGGCCCCUGCUCGGUGCCGAUUGGAAAAAGCGUGUGGAUCCCGUGAUGACCUGCUACAAGCUGGUGACAUGCGAAUUCAAAUGGUUCGGCCUGCAGACAAGAGUAGAGAAUUUCAUACAAAAGUCAGAGCGACGCCUCUUCACAAACUUCCAUCGCCAAGUUUUCUGUUCUACUGAUCGCUGGUACGGUCUAACAAUGGAGGACAUUCGCGCCAUCGAGGAGAAGGUCAAGGAGGAGCUGGACAAGGCGCGGCAGGUGGGCGAAGUGCGGGGCAUGCGUGCGGAUGCCGAUUAAAUAUAUUGUAGAAAAUUGUAAAACAAAUUAUAUAAAAUGUGUAUUGUAAAAAGGAGUAAAACAACAAAAAACUAAAA